AUAACUUAGGACAACUUAAUCAGUCGUCCAAUGUCAGCUGUUUGCUGUCUGUGUUUUAUGGCAUUUUCGGCAUUUUCGAAUUUUGAAAAUGAAUUCUUCUAGCUUUUCUUUUUCUCUUGAUUUUAUUCGAUUUGAAUUUGAUUCAAUGAAUAAACAUAUCCAGACGGAAAAUGUCCCGGAAAACGCGAAACACCGUCACGAAAUGUAAAACAUCGAAAAAACAUAGAAAAAUGAUUUCUGUAUUGAACUUUCUAACUUCUAACAAAAUUGCAGAAUUUGUCACUCGUAUUAAUUUUUACGGCGUUUUCUAAUAAAAUGCAAUGAAAAUACGGCUUUUGGAAUGUGAAUGUGAAAGAGCUGGAAAUAUAGCUGAAAAUUGAUGAAAAUAUAAAAAAUGCAGGACUUUUUGGGAUAGAGUGAUAUUUGAAUCGUUUGAGUCUCUUUUUGGGACACUUUAAUGCCCUGAUGAAAAUGUCAUUUUUUUUGACUGUUUUUUUUUGUACAAAAUCAACAACUGUCACAAAUCCAGCAUGAAUUUUUAGUUUUAAAAUUUUCUGAUCGAAUUUUCAUUACAUUCCACGAUGUGCAAAUAAAUUUUAAGACUAUUUUAAGCUCUCUAAUUGCUCGUGUGUCCACUUGUAUUCAAAGGAGAAACAAUGUCUGACCCACGGAAAAAUAGAGUAUCACGAUGGUACUUUGGUGGAAUGGCGAGUGCUGGAGCUGCCUGUGUUACGCAUCCCCUUGACCUGCUGAAAGUCACCUUGCAGACGCAGCAAGAGGGCAAAAUCUCAAUUGUCCGGCUGACUGGGAAGGUUAUCCGGGAGCAGGGUGUCUUAGCUCUCUACAAUGGAAUUUCGGCAUCACUCCUGCGACAGAUGACGUACUCCACCACGCGGUUUGGGAUCUACGAAGUGGGCAAACAGUCCAUUGGCCAAGACUCAGGUUUCCUGGCCAAAAUCACCCUGGCUGGAAGUGCGGGCGCUGCCGGUGGACUUGUGGGUACUCCUGCGGAUAUGGUGAAUGUUAGGAUGCAAAAUGAUGUGAAACUGCCACCUGAGAGUCGCCGCAACUACAAGAAUGCCAUCGAUGGGCUCUUUCGCGUUUAUCGCGAAGAAGGUUUCCGCCGGCUCUUCUCAGGUGCUACAACGGCAACAAUGAGAGGAUUUAUGAUGACAAUUGGGCAAAUUGCAUUCUAUGAUCAAGUGAAAUCCGCCCUGCUGUCCACGAAGCACUUUGAAGACAACCCCAAGACGCACUUUGUGGCAUCCCUGGCAGCUGGUGCAAUUGCAACAACUCUCACCCAGCCCCUGGAUGUGUUGAAAACACGCUCAAUGAAUGCAAAACCAGGAGAGUUCAAAGGACUCUGGGAUCUAUUUCUCUACACGGCCAAACUCGGUCCAUUGGGCUUCUUCAAGGGCUACAUUCCGGCAUUUGUGCGGCUAGGACCGCACACCAUUCUCACAUUCCUCCUCUUGGAACAACUUCGUCUCAAUUUCGGCAUUGACAAGCAGAAAUCUGCAUAGGAACAACGACUGUGGAGGCAUAAAAUGUAGUUCAAUGGUGCUUCUUCGACACAUAAUCUAGGUAGUUAGUACCCCUUUUGGUAAAAUUGUUGGAUUUUUUCCAACAAACAUUCCGGACGAUGUGACGAUUAAAUCAUGGAAAGGUAAACGAAAACAGCAUAUAGAACAAACUAUAUUUUUGUAAAAUUGUAUGUUUAAUUUUUUGCUAUGUGUAUUGUGUACAUUUCUCUUGUUACCAGCAAUUUAUUAUUUCUAUAUGAAUGUACAAAAUUAUGUGAAGUAAUAAAUGUAAAAAUUAUAUUGUUGAA